GCAGCGUCCAAUGAGGCGUCAUUAAAGCCCACACAGGCAGGGCAGCCCCGCCCCCUUCUACAGACAAACUAGCUUCAAGGGGGCGGGGGCUCCAUGACGUACCAGGAAGAGGCUCCCACGUGUCUUAGUGUGGAUCAGGGCAGUAUAUCGCGUCUGAUGACGUCAUCAGCAGAGGAGCAGCUGUGUCUGAACAUCUGCAACAGUGGGCCUUCAUCAUCUCCAGCAUCAUCAUCGCUGUCCAGCAGCAGGAAAUGGAUCUCAAGGAAGCAGAGAGCAGAAAAGAAGAAGGAGGGGAGGAGCUCUGGGAGGGGGCGGAGCUUCACCAGAGAGAGACUGACCCUUCGUCACACGACUGAUGAAGAGGAGGCUGACCUACAGGCUCCGCCCCCUGGGCUGACUGACAGGAUACCACCGAAGAAGAAGAAGAGGAAGGAGAUGAAGAAAGAGGAGGGGAAGGAAGGACGGAGCAUCAAGACCUCCUCUCUGUUCCGACACAACCCAGAGAUCCCAGAGAUCCUCAGGCCCAACGUCUGCCAGCCGAAGGAGAAAAUCUUCACUUCCGAGUCCUUCUCAGACCUGCAGCUGCACCCGCACCUGGUGGCGACUCUCACCAAGGUCCUGAAUGUUUCCAGACUGACCAGCGUCCAGCAGCAGACCAUCCCAGCCCUCCUGUCCGGACGGGAUGCCGUGGUCCGGUCCCAGACCGGUUCAGGGAAGACGCUGUGCUACGCGGUGCCGCUGGUCCAAAGUCUUCAGGCCGUGGAGCCGAAGGUCCGCAGGUCCGACGGGCCGCUGGCCGUCAUCAUCGUUCCGACCCGAGAGCUCGCUCUGCAAACCUUCCAGACCUUCCAGAAGCUUCUCAAGCCGUUCACCUGGGUGGUUCCGGGGGUUCUGAUGGGCGGAGAGAAGAGGAAGGCGGAGAAGGCCAGGAUCCGUAAAGGGAUCAACAUCCUGGUGUCCACUCCGGGACGCCUGGUGGACCACCUGCGCCACACCCUGAGCAUGGCCUUCAGCGCCGUGCGCUGGCUGGUUCUGGACGAGGCGGACAGGAUCCUGGAUCUGGGCUUUGAGAAAGACCUGACGGUCAUCCUGAACAGCCUGAACUCCAGCGGCCCGGCCCGGCAGAACGUUCUGCUGUCCGCCACGCUGACUCCAGGCGUAACCCGGUUGGCAGACGUGUGCCUGAAGGAUCCGAUCAGUGUCAGUGUUUCUGGCCCCGCCUCCUCUGACCUCACCGCUGAGCCCGCCGUCGCCGGCCAAUCGGAGAGCUUCGCCGUUCCGGAGGCUCUGCAGCAGUUUGUGGUGGUGGUUCCCAGUAAGGUCCGACUGGUCUGCCUGGCUGCCUUCAUCCUGGACAAAUGCAAGUUUUCUCCCCAGAAUAAAGUCAUGGUAUUCGUGUCGAGCUGCGAGGUCGUCCACUUCCUCCACCUGCUCCUCAGCUCCGCCCUGGCCCGCCACCUGGCCAAUCAGGAGCUGAGCUUCCUGCGUCUCCAUGGAAACAUGAAACAGGAGGAGCGAUCCGAGGUGUUUCAGAAGUUCUGCGCUUCCAGUUCUGGAGUUCUGCUGUGCACGGAUGUAGCGGCCAGAGGGUUGGACCUUCCUGAGGUCACCUGGAUCGUUCAGUACACGCCUCCAUCAUCAGCUGCUGAGUACGUUCACCGCGUGGGCCGCACGGCCCGCAUCGGAGGAGGAGGAAGCGGCCUCCUCUUCCUCACGCCUGCUGAGACCGCCUUCAUCACUGAUCUGGCCAAUCAUGACAUCAGCGUUUCAGAGAUGAAGCUGCAGGACGUCCUCUCAUGCCUGAUGAAGGACGACGCCUUCAAAGGUCGAGGGAAAUAUCACAGCCAGACUUCGUCCGCAGCUCUGCAGCAGGACGUCCGAGAACGCGCCACCGUCCUGCAGACGGAGCUGGAGAACUUUGUGCACUCCGACACUCAGUCUCUGCAAGCUGCAAAGAAAGCGCUGCAGUCCUUCCUUCGGGCCUACACCACCUACCCCGCCCACCUCAAACAUAUCUUCCACAUCCGCCGCCUCCACCUGGGCCACACCGCCAAGAGCUUCGGCCUGAGAGACGCUCCUCAGGGCCUCAGCGCCCAACCAGGAAGCAGGAUCCAGGGCCACGCCCAGAAAAGGCCCGGAGGUCCACUCAAGAACCAGAACCCUGGCAGGAAAAGGUUCCGUACUGGUACCAGGGAGGCGGUUCUGAUCCGGUCAGAGUUCUCCAGUGGGAUGGAGGGAAAAGAAGCCAAGAAGAAGAAGAAGAAGAAAGGGGAGGAAAAGGAGGACUGAUGAAGGAUCAGAAUGUUCUGUAGUUCUGAGUAGAACCCGGUUAAUGGACGGAUAUGGACCGGUACCAUCCGGGUUGAACAGAACCACAUCACUGGACUAAACAUUCUAGAGUAAAUCUUAUCGUCAGAGUGAGACGUCCUGCUUCUGAAGAUCUUUGUUUUUUAUAUCCUCUGUUGAUUUUACUGUGAAAUAAAAAUCUGACGCG